AUGUCCGCACCAACGCCCUCGCGUGCAUCUGACCGCCGCGAUCCAUACUGGCUGAGCGAAGAGGAGCUACUUCAAAGUCUGAAAGAGAGAUAUCCACGUAAGAAGUGGAAGGAGACCCUAGUCAUGUUCAACGAGCAAGUUCCGCCCCAUUGUGAAAGGACUGUCGACGGCAUAAAGGGCAAGUGGAAAGAUAUGAAAGCCGCAGAGGAAAGGCAACAGGUCUACCGGCAUGAUCUGAAGCGAGGCCACUUCGUCUCAAUACCGAAUUUCCAGGAGGAAUGCCCUGUCAGUUGUGCUUGCGAAGAAUGGGUUGAUGUCGAUCCCGAUCAUCCUGUGCAUUGUGAGUCUGACCCCAAUGUUCUUCUUUUCUUGUCCGGCUUCCGUGUUGACAACGAUCCGCAGGUCGAAACUGACGAGAAGAACCAUAUCUUGUCUCAAGUUAACGAGGAAUACGAAGGGCCCCAUGGCCCACGUCACCGAUGUUGCGAUGAUGCGGCGUCCCACCAACAGACCUCUCGUGAUGUCUUUGGUGAUACAGAUACCUCAAGCCCGGAAUCACAUAUGGUACCAUUACCAACCGACUUGUACGCAAGUGAACUUGCAUGGAACAAAGAUGUUAUCACUCACCAUUCUGAAAUGAUCCAUACUACCCUUGCCAUUGAGGAUAGCAGCCAGCAUUUUGAACACUUCUGGCCAGAUUAUGAACAAAGCCAUGCGAGCGGCCACCCGUUCAAGGCUGGUGAUAGACGCCUCUUCUGA